CACACACACACAGAGGCGCAGUACGGGGUUGCCAUAUAGGGGGGAGGGAGGGGCGGAUCACUUGUCGACAGCAUCAAUGAGGAAAGUGCAAGGAGACGCCGACCCGCCACUCCUCACUGCGCCUCGUCAUGGAGAACACGUUCCUGGUGCUGCACGGCGUAAAGGACCUGCGUCUGGAGACGCAACCCAUCCCGGAGCCCCGUGAUGAUGAGGUCCUGAUUCGCACGAGCAAGGUGGGUCUUUGCGGGUCUGACUUAGCCAUCGUCUACACGGGGCGGCAUGGGAACCAUCCAUUCACCUUCCCGAUCGGCAUGGGUCACGAGGCCUCGGGGGUGGUUAGCAAGUGCGGGAAGGACGUCACGCAUGUUAAGCCUGGUGACCGCGUGACCGUAGAAAACGGGAGCUCUUGCCGCGGGUGUGACCUGUGCCUCAGCGGGAAGUACAACGUGUGCGAGAAGUCCAGCUUCCACGGGUCUGUCCCAAUGCCCCAGGGUUGCCUGGCCCACUACUUCAUCUACAAGGGCCACCUAACGUUCAAGCUGCCGGACUCCGUCAGUGACGAGGAGGGCGCCGUUGUGGAGCCGCUUGCCGUGUGCAUGCCUGCCGUCGCGCCGGUGUGGGCGGGGCACAGCAUGCUGAUUACGGGUGCGGGGCCCAUAGGCCUACUCUGCCUCAUCGUCGCCAAGGCUCUGGGCGCCACAAACAUCCUGGUCACAGACAUCAAGGAGAACCGUCUGGAACUGGCCAAGAAGACGGGCGCCGACCACACGCUGCUGGUGCGCUCGGGAACCCCGCAGAGCCAGGCCAAGCAGGUGCACCAGAUGAUGGGCUGCGAGCCAAACGUCACCAUGGAGUGCAGCGGCUCCCAAGCGGGAAUCUCCCUCGCAAUAUAUGCAACCAAGUCUCGAGGGAAGGUAAUGCUGGUGGGCGUCAGUGGCCAUGAGGUCACAGUGCCCCUGGUGCACGCCGGCGUGCGGGAAGUGGACAUCAUGGGCGUCUACCGCUACCUUAACUGCUACCCCAUCGCCAUCGACCUGUUGGCCAAGAAGCUGGUGGACGUGAAUCCUCUCAUCACACACCGAUUCAAGUUAGAGGAGUUCCAGAAGGCCUUUGACAUGUUCCACGCGGGGCAGGACGGAGCAGUCAAAUGCAUGAUUUCCUGUUAGUUGCCAAAGCGGCGUCCAGCCGGGACGGAGACCAGGAGGGAGCACCAAGGCCCUUUCACGGAUUUUGCUCAAAGACUCAGAUCAUCGAAGUAGACGUAAACACGCAGCAGUUGUCUCAUUUUUCUUGGCCACCACGAAUGACCUCGGAUGGGUGAGAAAGACGCUGAGUCUGUUGAUAAAAGGACCUUGAUGCUCUCCGUGUUUGUUUCUUGAGCUGUUUCACUGAUUUAGUAACUGUCUGACGUAUCAGGACGCACAUGUCAUCGGGUGUGACUGACUUCGGACAGCUGUAACAUUAUAAAAGGAAACUAAAUAAAAGUGAAAACACAUUGUCGGGUUAUCAAUGCAG